AUUUGUGCUAAGGUAAGCCCAUCAAAAUGGUGCUGGGUAGAACGUGCCUACUCUUUGUGUUACUGGUGUACGUAACGUGUGAAAUUAUUCGAUAUGACUCCUUCAAGGGCACCCCGAUCAAUGAUGUGGAAUAUAAAGACACCAUAAAGAGAAAUACCACUUUCUGGUGCGUGAAUCAAAUUCAACCGUGCGACCACAAUGAGGGUAGACGCGUGGACGGUUCUUGCAAUAACCUGAAGCAUCCCACAAGAGGCGCCACCCACACACCAUUCUAUAGAUUGCUACCUGCAACGUACGACACAGAACAGGACAGAUUCGAGCCUCGUAAAGCCAGUGACGGCGGACCGCUGCCUCUAGCUAGGCACCUGCGCACGAGUUUAGUUGCUGAAGGGAAAGUACCAGACCAAGUCUUCACUCAACUAGUCACGCACAGUUUAGCCUUCCACGUCAGUGAUAUUGUUUCACUUCAAGACACUGUCAACUACAUUAUAUGGAAACCUUACUGCUGUCUUCCGAAAGGCAAAACUGAUCCGAGCUGCACACCCAAUGAAGUUCCUAUCGAUGACCCGGUACACAGAUUCUCGGGAAUACGUUGCCUUAACUUGACUAGACCAGAGACUUUCCAGUCCUCAGGAUGUGUCGAAAACGGCACUGUACCGGAAAGGAUCGUCUCAUCAACACCAGCGAUGGACUUAUCGCAAAUGUACGGUAACUUGUAUGAAGCUUUGGAGAAGAAAGGAAGAAAAUUCACAAACGGUUUGCUCCAGUACGAGAUAGAGGAUGGCAGGAUCUGGCCACCCAGUACUAAGACAAAGGUCGACCUGUGCCUGUUGAAUCAAAAACCUGCUGAAACAAGGUGUCAUGCUAUGCCUGAAGAUGGAGCGAACACACUGCUUGGUAUCAACCUCUUCAGCAUAUGGUUCUGGAGGAACCACAACAGAAUUGCUGAUACUCUCUCCGAAUUGAACCCUUGCUGGUGCGACGACAAACUGUUCUACACUGCACGGGAUAUAAACAUAGCUACGUGGACUCAGAUAGUGUUCUACGAACUCAUGCCGUUACUCAUGGGAAAAGACAACUUGCUAAGGGACAGUGUGAUUUCGUCGUCACCUGGAUUCAGAGAUCUUUAUAAUGAUCAGAAAGUACCGCAGAUCGCUCUGGAAUAUCCGUUCGCUACAAGAUGGUUCCAUGUCAUGCAAGAAGGCUCCUUAAAACUAUACCAUCCAGAUGGUCAUUACCUCCGAGAGUUUCCGAUCGUGAACCUGACGUUAAGAACAGGCUGGUUGGCAGUCGACGACAAUUUAGAUUACGUGACACAAGGCAGCUUCAGGCAACCUACUGCUAAGGGGGACGACAAUAUUGUGGAUCCUGAUAUUUCUGAAGUUGGUUUGGGACCUCACCAACAUGCAUUUGAUAUAAUGACCAGUGACUUAGCCAAGAACAGAUUAUUUGGGUUUCAGUCAUACAUCACUUACAGGAAAUUUUGCUUCGGCAAAACUUAUGAUACAUUCGACGAUCUAAAAGAAGUUUUUGAACCUGAGAGACUGGAAAUGCUCAAAGAACGUUACAACACAGUGGACGAUAUCGACCUUAUUGCCGGCAUGUGGCUGGAAAGGAAGGUGAAAGGAGGAUAUAUCCCGGAAACACUGUACUGCAUCAUGUCGGAACAGAUGAUGCGGUUCGUAGUGUCCGAUAGACACUGGUACGAGAGACCGAAUAGACCCAACGCUUUUACUGCUGAACAACUGAUGGAGAUCAGAAAAGUGUCCGUCUCGAGGCUGCUGUGUGAUAAUGGUGAUAAAGUGUCAAGAAUACAGCCCCACGGGUUCCUCAGAGAAGGUCCCAAAAAUCAAAUUUGCAGUUGCAAUGAAAUACCUGGAAUGGAUCUGAACGCCUGGAAAGAUUCAUCUUGUAAGACCGCAAGUCAUUAUAACCAAUAAUAAUUUUAACAAUGUCAAUUUCAUAAUAUUUUCUAUUACAUUUUUG